GUGUGUGUGUGUGUGUGUGUGUCCGCCUUUAAGCCGCCGCUGCAUAGAGGGCUGGGCACAUGUGCGCCUGCAUCUCGCUCUCCACCACGCACACAAACCUUAUGACAAACACGCUCAUUCAUUCACUCCAAGCACACAAGGCGAAGCGAGCCUCCGCUGCAGGGCCUCGCCCCGCGGGACGCCCCAAAGAAAGGGAAAAUUUAGCAACCUGCCAUAAUAAUAACUGAACACCAACAUUCCAAAGACCUGGGCCCACACCACCAAAUAGCAGCAGAACAUACUGUACUUGGUGUGCCACAUCUGGGUAUAUAUAGUUCAAACAUUUAGAACCAGAAGUCUUCUUUCUCCUGAACACUCUGUAUGAAGGACUAAUCUGACAUCCUCUUCAGUCUAGCUGUUCAGUGAAUUACCAACAUUUUUGGUUUAGCCGAAGGAAAGCUUUCUUUGUCAGCCUGCCUGAACUGAACCUGACCCACUUACACCUUUUCUUUAUUGCAAAUGCCUAAGAACAGCAAGGUGGUAAAAAGAGAACUAGAUGAUGAGGUUAUCGAGUCAGUUAAGGAUCUUCUCUCUAAUGAAGACUCUGCAGAUGAUUCCUUUAAGAAGAGUGAACUGCUGGUUGAUGAUCAAGAACAUAAAGAUGUAGAUGUUGAAGAGGGGUCAGAUGUAGAAGAUGAAAGACCAGCCUGGAACAGCAAACUUCAGUAUAUUCUGGCACAAGUUGGAUUUUCUGUAGGGUUGGGAAAUGUGUGGCGAUUCCCAUAUCUGUGUCAGAAAAAUGGUGGAGGUGCAUAUCUUGUGCCAUAUUUAAUUUUGCUGAUGAUAAUAGGGAUUCCACUUUUUUUCCUGGAGCUUUCUGUGGGCCAGAGAAUCCGACGAGGAAGCAUUGGUGUAUGGAAUUACAUCAGCCCCACGCUUGGUGGAAUUGGAUUUGCAAGCUGUGUAGUAUGUUUCUUUGUGGCCCUCUACUACAAUGUGAUCAUUGGAUGGAGUUUGUUUUACUUUUCUCAGUCGUUUCAGCACCCCUUGCCAUGGGAUCAGUGUCCUUUGGUGAAAAAUAUUUCUCAUACAUUUGUGGAGCCUGAGUGUGAAAAAAGCUCUGCCACCACCUAUUACUGGUACAGAGAAGCACUGAACAUUUCCAACUCUCUCUCAGAGAGUGGGGGUCUGAACUGGAAAAUGACUCUGUGCUUGCUGGCUGCCUGGAUUCUGGUUUGCCUGGCAAUGAUCAAAGGCAUUCAGUCUUCAGGCAAAAUCAUGUAUUUUAGUUCCCUUUUCCCUUAUGUGGUACUUAUAUGCUUUCUAGUCAGAGGACUGCUCUUAAAUGGUUCCAUGGAUGGAAUUCGUCACAUGUUUACACCUAAGCUUGAAAUAAUGCUGGAGCCCAAGGUCUGGAGAGAAGCUGCUACUCAGGUGUUCUUUGCCUUAGGGCUUGGAUUUGGUGGAGUCAUUGCCUUUUCAAGCUACAACAAGAGAGACAACAACUGCCAUUUCGAUGCUGUUCUGGUGUCCUUCAUCAAUUUUUUCACUUCUGUGCUGGCAACUUUGGUGGUGUUUGCUGUCCUGGGCUUCAAAGCAAAUAUCAUAAAUGAGAAAUGCAUUACCCAAAAUUCAGAAAAGAUUUUAAAUCUUUUGAAAAUAGGCAAUCUGAGCCAGGAUAUGAUCCCCCAUCAUAUUAAUUUCUCUAGCAUUACAGGAGAUGAUUACAAUUUAGUUUAUGACAUCAUUCAAAAAGUUAAAGAAGAAGAAUUUCCUGCUCUUGGCCUGAAAUCCUGUCAGAUCGAAGAUGAGCUUAAUAAGGCUGUUCAAGGCACCGGUUUAGCUUUUAUUGCCUUUACAGAAGCAAUGACCCACUUCCCUGCUUCUCCUUUCUGGUCAGUGAUGUUCUUCCUCAUGCUGGUAAAUUUGGGACUUGGCAGUAUGUUUGGAACCAUUGAAGGAAUCAUCACACCUAUUGUUGAUACCUUCAAAGUGAGGAAAGAAAUUCUUACUGGUGAGUUUUACAAGUUUUCAUCUCUCAUUAGCCCAAUAAAAUAGGUCUCCUCCUCACUUCCUUGGAGAAGAAUAAGAGGUAUUUCAUGUUUUUAUUGGCAUGAAGAGUUGCACCAUAGAAUAUAGUAUAGUGUAAUUUAACUGCAGACCAGUCUGUACUCUCUAUUCCCCACCCCCCUAUACAUAGCUCCAUAAAGAAUUUUUAUUGUGUGUAAUUCAAGUUGUAUAACAGUUUCCAUUGUGAGCUCCUUUAAAGUCAGUCAUUCUUAAGUCCCCCCAAAUGUUCGCCAUUCAAGCAUAGACAAGUAUGACAAUGUAAAUAGAAAAGAAUGAAAAAAAUAAAUAUAAAAUGCUAAAAGUUAUGCACAAAGAGGAAUGAAAGUUUCACAUGCAGCCUUAAUAGUGGCUUGUCCUGAUUUAUGAGUGAUUAAUGGGGCAUCCUUAACCAUCUUUUACUAAUCUUUUCUUUGGAUAGAGAAAAAAAAUGAGGUAAAGAAAUAAACGGUGAGAUGAAAUUUGCAGUUCAGAAAGUCUAUAGAACUACCACAGUGGACCAAGCAAAUUGCCCACUCACUCUGAUUGCCUACUGCCAGAAAUGUCCUAUGUCAGAUAUUUAUGAGGAAGAUAGCAUCCCUGCACCCACCAUUCAUAAAAAAUACUUUUUUACUGAGAGUUAGGCCUGGCCAGUAAUGCACUGGGCUCCCAUGGGCUCCUAUACAAUUUUGAAAAUCCCACUAGGCACCUGUCUAAAUCUUAGGUGCCUGAAUAGCUUUAAAAAUCUGGCCUUGGAGGACUUAGUUAACAAGGAAACAUGUGCUUCAGCUGUUUGCUUGAUCAGGGCCUUACAAUUUUCACAAAGGCUAAUCAGCAGAUAUUCAUGAGUGCUGAGCCAUUGAAUAGAAAUGCUCACCACUUCUGAAACACAGUCCUUAAGUUCUUUUGCUUCUUUAAAACCCUAUCAAAUAACUCUUGUAACAUUAAUAUAGUUUGAAAAUUAGCUACUUGUUCUGAAUGUGUAUAUGAAUGCCUUGUUGCCACGUAAUACAAUUUUAGCACUUCACAAUAAAAUGUUUUCAGAAUUGAUCUCUAAUCUCCAAAUUCUACCCUGGAUUACAUCCCAUCCAAUGCCAGUUGAAUUGCACAGCAUAAACACCAACAGGAGAAUUUGGCAUGAAGAGUCAUAGAUACCCACACAUCUGUAAUUUUGAUUAAAGUGGUUCCUGCAUUUGUAACUUGCAGCAUUAUGGGCCUGAUUCAGCAAAGCACUCAAGUAUCUUCGAAUCUCCAUUGCCUUCACUGAGACUUAUCACAUGCUUAAAUACUUUGGGGUGUAUGUGUUCAGUGACAUUAGUGCUAUCAUCAGAGUCUCCAUAUACAGAUUAUUGCAUACUCUGGCUAUCUACAACAUGAAGGCACAGAGGGAAGAGUUAACGAUUCAGGGAUAAUCUAAAGUCUGAGGGUGGGAUUUUCCAAAGCACACAGUAUGGGGCUAAAUCUGUUUCACUGAAGUUUCUAGGAUAACUCAUAUUGAUUUCAGUAGGAGCAAUUAGGCCAGUGCUGAGGCCUUUUGAAGAUUCCACACUAACUUUCCCUGCUUUUGUCAAUUUGUGUUGGGCCCUGAAUGCUAUGGUUAACAUCCAUUUUUUAUUUUAAUAGCUGUUUCUUCUGCAAUGCUUUAAUUCAAAACUUUUUUCUCCAAAAGACAUUAAUAAAGUAAACAACUGUGGCUACAUGAUAAAAAAAGAUACAUUUAUUUUUAUAUGACCGUAUUUACAAAAUUAUUGUUCUCUUUCCUUACAGUACUUAAGUCAAUACAUAUAUUGGCUGGAGUAUAACAAGUGGCCUUUAUGGGAUACUGUUACACUUUGGGGCCAAUCCUACAAGUCUUAUCUGUUCGGAGUACAACCAACUUCAAAUUCUUCCAGAAUUUGUCUCACUGUAUUACUAUUGUAGGGUCCAGUCCUGCUCCCACUGAAGCCAAUGGCAGAAAUCCCAUUGACUUUCAUCACUGAAUUUCAUUGACUUUGGGAUGGAGAUUUCCUGCUGGACUUUAGAAGAAGAAAAGAUUAUGAUGCUGUUGCUCUGAAAGCAAGUAAAUGCAAAUAGUUCCCAUGGCAAGUGAAUGCAAUCUGAAUCAAAGUGGCAGUGAAUGAUUCUACCUAGUAAACCUAUAUAGUUGUUUGGUUUUAAAAAAUUGGUCUAAAAUUUUGACGCACUUAACUUUAGUUGAUGGAAAGAGAGAACUAAGGACCAGUUCACAGCAUGCACUGCAUUAAGCGUACUGUUUUCCUGGAUUCUACCCUUACAUUCACUUUAAGUGUCUAAUGAUAAAUAGUCCUUGAUUCAGCAAAGAACUUAUUUUGCUGAAUCAGGGCUGCCUUACAUUCUAGUAAUUACUUCAAAUUUUUGACUGUUUGCUGCCUAGGGAAUGGCUAAGAUUCCUUUGAUGGCUUUACUGUGCCAGUGCAAAGGUGGGAAGAAAAGAAGGGAAAACUAGUGUCAACCUAGAAUAAAGCAAAACAAUAAUUAUUUUGAUGUUUGGUAACUCUUUCUUCCUUCCUUCCUUUCUUUCUCUGAUGCAUGAUUAUGGUUACAAUUCUAAUUUCUGUCCUUUGUUCCAGUCAUCUGCUGUCUGGUGGCGUUUUUAAUUGGCCUGAUCUUUGUGCAGCGCUCUGGAAAUUAUUUUGUCACAAU